AUGGCGUGUCAAUCAACCCACACCCUUCUCUCACCGCCGCCUCCCAUCCCCCAUGGCGUCGCUCAUCCCGUCCACUCCCCGCCACGGCGUUGCCAACACAUCUGGCACGGCGAGCAGCGAGAUCCGACCGGGAGGCGCAGAAGGCCUCAUCGUUAUCCGUUCGCAGAAGUCCACAUAGCUGGCCCGUCCGGAUUUGGGCGAGAUGACCUCAGGCACGAGGUGUGGCUCGACGAGUUGGAGGGAUGGCCCCCUGGUCGUCAGGCCCGGUCUUCUACUUCAGCCGAGACGCGCCGUCCAUCUCCAUAG